GCGUCCGAGCGGCUUUGUGGCGCUGCGCGUAACAGGGGAGGGCUGCACGGACGGGGGACGCGUUGGGGAAGAGUUCGUGGGGACCCAGCCUACGGGGAACCUGGAGGGAGGCGUUCCCUGCCUACGGAGGACCUGGAGGGAGGCAUCAAUUCUUUUUUUUUUUUUAAUCCCAAUUGCCCCACCUUGCAAGAAUUCCGGCGAAGUUGCGGCGAGGAGGAGAGUCGAGGCGGCUGGGUGGGUUGGAACGCUCGCGGCUCCCUUUCCCUCCGGAUCCCCCAAGAAGCCCGGCUCGGUCGGUCCCGGGAUCAUCAUGACGGAGAUCACCGAGAAGGAGAACGAGCCCCAGCACGGCCCAGACGCCCAGCAGACCCCGGGCACCGGCUCCAGCCUGCAGGAGACGAAGCUACAGCGUUUCAAGCGCUCGCUCUCACUGAAAACCAUCCUGCGGAGCAAAAGUGUGGAGAAUUUCUUCCUGCGCUCCAACAGCGAGUUCAAGCUCCCCUCCGACGUGCUGCUCAGCCCUCCGGAUUCUGUGCUACCCCCAUCCCCACCCCCAGUUCCCGCGGAGGCAGACCAUUCUCCCAGGGCAACUCCCCGGUCUCUGGCGCCUCUCAAGCCCAUGAAGACACACAGCUUCCAAGAGCACGUCUUCAAGAAACACAUUCCAUGUGAACUCUGCCACCAGCUCAUUGUAGGAAACUCGAAGCAAGGCCUGCGGUGCAAGACAUGCAAAGUCAGCGUGCAUCUGUGGUGUUCAGAAGAAGUUUCACAUCAGCAGUGUUCGGGCAAAACACAGGCUACCUCCUUCCGACGUAAUCUCAGCUCCCCGAUGCUGGUCCACGAGCCGCAACCACAGCCAGCGGCCGCCAAGGAACCUCCCCCAGCAGCAGGCCCCAGUGGGAAAGUGGAUCCCGUUUACGAGACCUUGCGCUACGGAACAUCGCUGGCCCACUGGAAUCGUUCCAGUUUCAGCAGCACCUCGGAGUCGCCCACCAAGAGUCUGAACGAGAAAGAAGAAGUGACCGAGGACCCAGAAGGUGGCCGGCAGAUGGCUGAGGAAAAUCAGGUUGAUAACGUGUUCACCAUGCCGGCAGAGGGCGAGGGUACCCCGUCAGAGGAGAAGAGUCCAGGGCAGCAGGCUCAGUGCUUCGAGUAUUCGUAUCCUGGAACUGGGUCCCCCCAAACAGGGUCCAGCUCGACCUCUGACUCCGAUAUCUCCAUGGAUUUGUUGUCCAAAGGAAAGUUCUGUCACGAGCGACCACCUGGCCAACUUGUGGCAUCUGCUGACAUGGACCUGUACCCGAUGUCCCCGCGUUAUCUAGCUGAAUGGGACUGGGGCUAUCGUGGCCCGUCUGGCUCAGCUGAGUAUGAGUAUGACCGCCUUUAUCAUGUUUACUCAACGGUUCUGUCAGUCUGGCCUCUGUCCCCCGGAGCCGACACGCAAGUGGAGAGGGAUGCUGAUUCCAGUGCUUCAGAGCCGAGCCCUGAUGAACAAGCUGGUGAGACCUCUGCUCCCUCACCGACCAAGGAUUUUAAAAUGGAUGGUGAGCAGAUGUCACGGAUGGCGCAAUCCCUGGAGAAUGAGCUCUUGACCACUGGACUUAAGCCCAAGGAGAAGAUCCUGAGCAAACUAUUGGUGGCUCGAUCGAUCCUGCCGCAGGUGGACAAUACAAUGAUCAUGUUCUACGUCAACAAGGAGAGUGGCGCGGGAUUGUGCGACCUCUGCCUAGAAGCUACUGCGGAGACCCACAGACCAGGAAUACCACGGAGCGAGGAGCCUCGAGGAGCAGCAGGAGAGGCCGACUGCGCACGGGAGAAGCUGACAGUGUACACACGAGCGCAUGAGACCCUGCACGCCGCCGCUGGCGGCACAGCCCCAGGCCGACAGGACCGUCGCCGGCAUAGCUCCGACCACACCCAGGCC